AUGUCUUCCAACCAGGACCCUGGAUCAUCGUCAGAUACCCCUCUCGACGACCCAACUUAUCUCCAGUCUCCUCUUCACACCCUUGCAGACUCGUUUAAGCUCGGAUCACACGUGGACGUUCCCAGCUUAUUAGAUGCAUAUGACACCUUUGUCCAUAGAGUGAAGUCUCAGGCUCAAGGUUUCCAAGAAAGGCUGGGAGAAAUACCCGCUGCGAAACAAAUACGGCAGCAAUCGUCUGAUGUCAUACAAGCCUUAAGGCGAGACAUAGGACUGGCACAUUACGACCCUAUUGGUAAUCUGGCUACUUGUGGUUCUCCAGAAUCACGGUUGCUUUCAGAAGAUUGCCUCAAGGCUGCAAAGGAGGCGUCGCUUAUCUGUCAGCGCGCCUUAUGUCUUUGGCACAUCGUCAUACAUUUCCGUGCAAUCUCUGAGCAGUUCUCCGGUAACAACUACUCCUGUCAUACGACACCUUUCCUAACUUCAAUCUGUUUAGCACAUGACAUCUUGUCUGUCCUCGACGACGUGAUCAAAAUAUAUCUCUGCGAAGCCCUUCCUGCGUUAAAUGGUCGAAAGAUACAGUCAUUAGCAAUUUGCAGUAUUCAUUUACAACAACUUCCUCAUGGACUUCUGCAGUCGAAACAACGUGAUAUUGUGGAAGUGACUAAAUGCGCUCUCUCAAGUGGAGAAUCUACCAAAUUUUUCGAUGGUAUCAAGGUUAUGUGUCAUCUACUUGAUCACUACGACACGAUCUUCGGACCGUCCGUCGUCGAGCUUCUCUGCUUUAUGCGCAAGCUAUCAAGCGACUCGUUGGAAACAAGAUCCCGAGCUGCAGUGGCAAUGGCAAAGCUGGCACAGUGUUUAUCGAGCUCAAGGACCUCGAUCGCGAGAACCGACGAUGUCGCCACGUUCAUUCUUAGUCUCUCGACUUCUCCGCAGGCGAAAACCAGCCCCUUGGAAAGCUCACUGUGCUUGUUUGAGAUUAUACAGCACACAAUCAAUACCUCCAAGGAAAUUUUUCCAGGAAACUGCCCAACGUGGGCAGUAUCAGUCCUUGCAUCUCUCAUCGUUCUAUCGGGGAGGAAACUCUUUUUCCACGGCGCUGCCAUGAAGUUUGUCUUCCACUCUUUAGGGUCAGUAGAAGCCCACAAGCACCCCACCAUUCGGGCUUUCCACGCUCCUCUCUGGAAGUGUCUUGUUUGGGCAUUCAUGGACUUGGUUCACAGCUCGCAGACGGACCUUGAAGUUCUGGAAUCUGCAUUCAGCGCCGUUAAUCAAGUUCAUCGUGCUGGGGUGGGCGCUUCACUGGUGAUGUCACUUCUCGACGUUUCCUCCUGCUAUGGCGCUUGGAGCACGGCUAAGGCUUUCAGGGUACUGGAAGACAUGAUUACCAGUGAUUCAAAGCACGUUCAAAGGGACGCUGUUCGCCUCCUCAAGUUGAUGACAGGAAGCAAAGGGCCAUCUUCAUCGGAUACACUUCAAUGUAGCUCCAGGAAACCAACUCCGUUGAUUACGAAUGCGUUACUCGACGGUUCUCUUGUUCAGGUCGAAUGGGUGGCGCUGCCGAAACUUGUAAAGGCUUUACCUCGUACGAACUUGGGACACAUGCGAAGAUUUUUCUUGCAAGAGCUGUUUUGUCACUUGGAUUCCCUGUUACUAUUGUGGUCGUUGUGUGUUGAUCCAACGAGCGAUACAAAACUUCAGCCUGAUGUCGUUGAAAUAUGGAAGAACUUGCUUGUGAUAGAAUCCGAAAAACGAGCAUGCACUGUCGCACGCGCCAGUCUGGUAUUGGUUCAAUUCUUGCCCUCGGCUUCUAAGUUCUCGAAGGGAUUAUCUCUUGACGGUCAGAUCCGGUGCCUGAAGAUUAUAUCACAGUUAUGGCAAGCUCUCCGUGGUGUUUGCGCCGUUUUAGCGGUCGCGGCUGCUGCAAAACCUCUCUUGGCGAGUCUCUUGGUCCAGAAGUUUCAGCUUGAAGAUGAAGAGGCACUCUAUUUGUGGUCCUUCCUCUGUGAAGAAUUAGCCAGAGCAAUCGAACCUUCUGCGACCGCGGUUGUGGCAGGCGAGAUAAGCAGCAGCUCGACUGAAAAACGUUUAUGGGGCGUAGCAGCCAACUACGUAUUGUCGUCAGAUAAUCAUCUGGCGCUAUGGGACAUUGUGGAGCUGCUGGAGCUUCCGUUGAGGAGUGAUUGGACUAUGGUUGACCUUGAGCUGGAUGCCUGGAAAUGCUGUUUGAAGCAUGCGAUCCACUUGGCGGACAUUACUGCUGUCGGUGCAAUGCAAGUCGUUAACCAUCUUAUUCACGGAUGGGGUGAUCGACAUGAGACGACGAAUAGCUUAGUAAUGGUUGCCAUUAUCUUACAAGUCCCCGAGGUCGAAGCAAUCAAACUUUGGUUCGAAGAUGAGCACGAGAUACUCUCCGAAAACGAUUAUAAUCAUGUGGUUGUCACGUUUUACUGCGAAAUUCUCGGAAGGCUUCAGCUGCACCCAUUGUCUAUAAAAGUCCUUGAGGAUAUAGGUCCAUUCUUGGCAGCAGGAUUCGUGCGCAUUCCGGAACCUGCGUUGGCUCCAAUAGCGUUUGAGCAGUUUGGAGAGCUACCUACCGAGGAAAGCCGGAGUUUGAGCACCAGCUUCCUGCAGAAGUUCAAGGAUGUCUAG